AUGGAGGAGGAUGUCUUAAAUGCGCUGCAGACGCGCACGGCCUACUUGCCCGGCGGCUACGAUCGCGCCGGCAAAAUUAUCGUCGUUGUUAACAUCAUCAAUGAUUUACAAUUGUGGAAUCGCCGUUGUUUGGAGCUAUCGAUUGCCUACUUAAAAAGUGCGUUGAGCGCCGUCACUUUGCAGCGCGGCGUCACCGUUAUCGUGGACGCGCAGAAGAGCACGACACGCAUUACACGCACGCAUGCGCGCAUCAUUUACGCGCUCUUCGAUGAGAUCACAGUCAAUUUAUUUCUAGUCAGAGCGGAGGGCUUCUGGGAGAAGCAUGUGGACACCUGCACGAGCAAGUCGCAGGCGAAGGGCGAGCCCAUUGUGCUCUCGAAGGCGCGUUUGAUAAAAUACUUCGACCUGUCGCAGUUGCCAGAGGAGCUGGGCGGCACUUUGUCAUUUAACUAUGAUUUAUGGCUGCAACAAAGAAAGGCCAUUGAUGAGUUCCAAAAGACUUUCGAUUCGACGCUGAGUAGCAUGGAGAAUCUGCACGUGGUGCUGCUGAAUAAUAAAUCAUUGCGGCCAACGGAAGCGGAUGUUGAGUUGAAGAAGUGUGCACAGCUGCAUACGAGCGUACAACAACAAAUCGAAGUGGUCAUCGAGUUGGGUAAUCGCGUGUUGAAUCGGCUAUCGGAAGCUUAUGCGCCGCCCAGAGUGGCACCAGCGCCGCAAAUAUCCGCCACAACAAACGUCUUAACACCCGCUAUCAACACCACCGCAACAAUAUCCUGCCAUGAAUCCCACAACAACAAUAACAACAGUGUACAAACACAAACGAAUUUCAACUGCGCCACAGCCAACACACCCGCCACACGUUUGCCACUGCCGCCGGAUCUGCAAUACGCACGCGCACGCAUCGAACUGCUGCUGAACCAAAUCGAACGCAAACAAACGGAAAUACGUACCGCGUGGCUGGAACUCUUACAGAGCAUACGCGAGGCACGCGAACUCACACAUCUGGAAGAGGGUGUUGCCUUCGUCACGAACUGGAUACUACAGACUGCCGAACAGAUGCUCAGCCGACAGUAUAGCAUUGGCGGCGAUGUGCACAGCUGUGAGACGCUGCGCGCCGCACACGAUGUACUCGAACUGGAAUGUCGCGAAACGUAUGGCUUCUAUGCGGAAUUGUUGUAUAAAAUCGAUGCAUUCGCUGGGGUGAAGGACUCGCACGCAUAUAAGGAUCUGAUGUCACAAUGUGAUUUUAUGCAAUUUGUGUGUCGCUCAUUCGCCACACGACUGGAGAGGCGUCGGAAUGUGUUGAUCACAUCGUUGCGGUUUUUUCGACUCGUCAGCGAAUAUUUCGAUCGGACAACUGCGGUUUUCGAAACACUAGUCAUGGGUAAUAAAAUAGCCGAGGAGAAUUUUGUGACGGCUGCGGAGACUUUGCAGCAGCUGAAGGAGAGUCAGCUGAGCUUGGGCAACCUGGAACGCGAACUCGUUAAGGAGGGCGAAAAGCUCAGCGAUAUGCUGGCGAUGCCGGUGAAAGAUGCGCUUGGCCGUGACCUACACAUCGACUACAGCGAAGAUAUCGGCAAUGUGCGCGAUAUUUUGGACACGACGUUGGCGCGCCGCAACAUCUUCGGCGACAGCGUUGAACUGCAGAAACUCACCUUGGAACAAGUGACACACAUUUACACAUACGAAGCGGAUGGCCGUAUGGCCAUUAAAUGGAUGGAGGAUUUGUACAAUGUCAUGAUCAAGUGCCAUUCGCACGUCGGCUGUAAUAUACACGAGAUACAGGUGCAGAAGGAUGAAUUGCAGACAUUUCAAGAAACUGGAAAGAGCAUCUACAACUACGGCUGUCAAUUACUGGAAGCUUCACAGGCGCUGCGCAUUUCCUGUCGCCUCGAUGCCGAAGCAAUACCACAACGCAUGUCACAGCAAUUGCAGCACACUUGGCACCGAUUGCAGGCCGUAAGUCAGGAACAUAUGACACGCUUGCGCGUCUCGGCCGUCUUUCAUCGCAGCGUCGAGGAGUACUGCCAACAGCUGCAGGAGCUGCGCUUAUCGGUGCGUAAUCUGAAGCAGACGCCGAACAGCAGCAGCGGCAUCAGCAGCGAAUCGGACACACGCGCAUCGCCGCCAAUCAUCAUCGGCGGUAGAGAAACAGUAGACGAGACGGUAGAAAGAAGCAGCCGCGAUGGCGCAGAAGAAGUGGGAACUACACACAUCAUUGGUGGCUAUGCGGACAAGUCGACUACGACGAGUGUCGCGACGACGACGACGACGAAGGGGGGCGCAAGCGGUGCGGCGGCGCUGCUGCGUGAUCAGCUGCGUAAACAUUUGGUGGUGCGCGAACAGCUGCUGCUCGAAGUGGGUCGCAUGGUGCGGUUGGGCCGACUGUUGAAAACCCGUUUGAAAGAACCAUUCGUCUUGGAUGCCGUUACGGGGAUGAGCAUUACAGUUGAUGAACUGGCAACGGAUGCUUCCAGUUCGGCCGGCGAUACGCAAACACAGGCGUCGUCCAGUCCAGUUGGUACAGUCGAUAGCGCCAGCACCGCCGAUUCCAAUACUAUUGUUAUAAAACCGACGGGAAAUAAUGAUAUUGCUUGUGCAGCGAUCUCACAUAAGUUGCAGGAGAUCGCUGAGGUGGCAGAAUCGCUGGAUGCUGCGAUACGCGACGUGCAACAGGAUGCGGAAGCGUUGGAGGUGAAUGCGACAAGCAGCGCUGAGAAGAAGCGCGAGGCUAUGCGGAGUUACAGUAGUGAGGACUGGCACUCACGCUCCACCGAAGAUGACUCCUUCGUUACCGCAUCCGAGGGCAAUUUCACGCCACACUCGCAUUCGUCGUCAUACCAAACGGCGUCCGGACGCACUUCCUCGUUCAUUAGUUGCGAUAAAAGCUCAUUUGAUGUGAGCGAAGCCGAUGACUCCACCUUCGCAUCGACAUUUGAAAUACCCGCGGACAUUAAUAUGUCCUACGACGGUACCGAACACAGUUUUGCAUCCGCACAACAGCAAGACUCCACACCCUCACCACAACAACAAGAACUACACCAACAACAAAACACAAAUGAUUCACCAAGUGAUGGUGGCGCCUAUGCUUUACCACCCACCCAAAGCGACGACGGCGACGGCAGCAGCGUCGCCGACAUUGAGGAGCUACACAGCCAAAGCGUGACACCGACACCGGGUGACGGCGAUGUAGAGCACUAUAACUACCAAAGCAUACCAAUCGAGUCGGAGUCCGACUUGGAGUCAAGCUGUAUAGCAGAUUCGCCAUCGCUGCAGGUGCUAACGGAGGAGGUGCCGGUCACAUCGGUGACGCCGGAGGUGAGCACGUGUUCAAGUACUGAGCCACAGCAAAUGCAAAAGCAAAAGCAACAGCUACAGCAGCAACCGCAAACCAAUUAUAACAAUAACAAUAACAGCAAUACUAACAACAACAACAACACUAGCAAUACGAGUAGUAAUCAAAAACCGAAUGCGGCCUGGCGUCGCAGCAAAUAUUAUGAGAACAUAACCAAGCAAACCAUCAAGGGCUUUCUAUAGGUGAAAUGCGUGAGUGCAUGCGGGGGCGUUGGUGGCGUCCGCAAAGCGACAAUGCCAACACCAACGCCAACGCUGGUUGCGCUCAAUAUACAACAACAGCGCUUUGCAUGCACACACACCCACACAAAUAUACAUAUUUUAAGUGUGUAUGUAUGUCGAAAUGUGUGAACACAAUAUCCGAGCAUAUUUUCGAAAAUUUAUUUGCUUUGGCUAAAUUAGUUUGCUAUUUAUUUGCUGAUAGGCAGCAACUAACCAUGAACUUAACCGCACUUUAUUGUUGCCUUGGCGCGCUCGAGCAGUCGGAAAUGACUACUGAGUAAAUAAGCAGUUGUUUGUAUGUAUGUAUGUAUUUUUUGUUUUUAUAUACGUUUUUGUUUUUGUUUUUUUGUAAAGUAGCUUAAUCAUAAAUUUUCGUAAAUGACUGCGGCAAAAUCAUUGAAGAAAUUUACAUAAAUAUUUUUGUUUAUGUGCA